UUGACGAAAUUUCUUUCUUCUUUGACCGACCUCUUUAUCCCUCUUUCAGAACUGUAAACACCUGACCAUUCAUGCGUUUUUUUUCCUCUUGGAGAGUGCUAUCUCAAAUCAUUGUUGAAGCUACCUGUGCUUUAGCAGAGAAGGCUAAUUCCUGCUUCUAAAGUUUGGUAGAUUUCUUUAAAUGCUCUAGCGUGCUGGACUACGAAUCUUCGUUGUGAAUCCUGGUGUUAAUUAAUGGACGCAUCUAUCUGGGAAAUAUAUAUUACGUGGUUUACUAUUUACUAUCUAAUUCAAACAUCAGCAAUGAUACAUUUUUUUUUAUGAAUAUGCAUUAUCAACACAGACUUGUUAUAUUAUUUUCUUCUCCAAAUACAUUCUAAUAAUAAUUUCUUUUUAGAAAAAUAUCAGCAUUAUAUAAUUUCAUUAUGAAUAUGCAUUAUCACCCUAAAAAAAUGAAUUGUUAUUCAACUAUGCAUUGAUGCAUUUUUUUAAAAGUAUAUUUAGCUGUAACGAGACGUUAAAUUCAUUGUAAUGUGUGCUAGCAAAUGAUUAAAAAUACCAGUGUAAAGUUAUUUAGCAAUAAUAGUGGAUUAAAAUUACGAUUCUUUGACAUAAUAUGCUUUUCUGCCAUUCUUUGUAAUAAUAAAAUUUAAUUAUUUUGUUUUGGAAUUGGAUCCAACCCAUAUUUGCACCUUAGAGGCCUGUGGGCUUGACAUCAAUCCAAGAAAGAGGAGGCAAUAUUUUAAAAAAAAAUGUCUCUGUUGGUGCCUUCAGUUCAUGAACUUGCAAAGCAACCCAUUACCGAAGUUCCAGAACAGUAUCUUCGACCAAAUCAAGAUUCUCCUAUUAUUUCUAAUUCAGACACUUUACCGCAAAUUCCAGUCAUUGAUCUCAGUAAAUUGUUAUCUGAAGAUGUAACGGAGCUAGAGAAGCUAGACCAUGCAUGCAAGGAGUGGGGUUUCUUCCAGGUGAUUAAUCAUGGAGUCAACCCUUUAUUAUUGGAAAAUGUGAAAAGAGGUGUUGAAGAGUUCUUAAAUCUUCCAAUAGAAAAGAAGAAGCAAUUUUGGCAAACCCCAGAAGAUUCACAAGGGUUUGGUCAGAUGUUUGUUAUGUCUGAGGAUCAAAAGCUAGAAUGGGCAGAUUUGUUCUUCAUUCUCACCCUUCCAUCAUAUGCAAGGAAUCCGCGCUUAUUUCCUAAUUUUCCCCAGCCAUUGAGAGAUAAUUUAGAGAACUACACAUUAGAGGUGAAAAAUCUUUGCAUCACAAUCAUUGAUCGUAUGGCAAUAGCUCUUAACAUAGAACCAAAGGAAGUGGUAGAGUUGUUUGAAGAUAUAUCUCAAGCAAUGAGGUGGAAUCAAUACCCUCCAUGUCCUCAACCAGAAAAUGUCAUUGGAUUGAAUCCUCAUUCUGAUGCUGGUGCCCUUACCAUCCUUCUUCAAGUUAAUGAAGUAGAUGGCCUACAAAUAAAAAAAGAUGGAAAGUGGAUUCCUGUGAAACCCCUCUCAAAUGCUUUUGUUGUCAAUAUUGGAGAUACUAUGGAGAUAUUAACGAAUGGAAUUUAUCGGAGCAUCGAACAUCGCGCAACAAUUAACUCAGAGAAAGAGAGAAUUUCCAUUGCUGCAUUUCACCGACCUCAAAUGAACAAAAGUUUGGGUCCAACACCAAGCCUUGUUACUCCUGAAAGACCUGCUUUGUUUAGAAGAACUACUGUUGCAGAGUACUACAAAACAUUCCUUUCACGUGAGCUACAAGGGAAAUCUUGUCUUGAUGUCUUUAGGAUCCAAAAUUAGGUGGGUCAAUAAGAAAAGUAUAUGUAGGAUUUUGCUGGGGAUUGAAAAAAUAAGGCAUAGAUAUAGUCCUUAAAAUUGACCCAUUUGUUAGUUUGAUCCUUAAAAUGAAAAAAAAUCAUCAAAUUUAGUCUUAAAAGUUGUCACAAUCAGUCAAUUUAGUAAAUCACAUUAUGAAUCCGUAAAUCUAGUCCUUGACUUUGGCAAAUACUAAUCAAAUUUAAUCGUUGAUGUCGGUGUACAUCAAUUGAUUAAUUUAGUUCAUGCUGUCAGACCAAAUUCAGUGAUAGUUGUCAAAGUCAAAGAUUAAAUUGAUGAUUUAGUAAUGUUAAAAGUUGAAUUAUUGAUUUGGGUGUCCAUUUCAAAACCUAAAUUGAUUGAUAGUUGUCAAUUUUAUGGACCAAGUUUGCUUUUAUAUAAUAUCAGAAACAAAUUUAAGUAGUUGUGCUCAUAGUAGAGAAUAAAUGUUUUACUCGAUGAAAAUAGAACGUGUACACCAAAAGCAAUUGUGAUACACAGUAGCUAAACUAUGAUACACGUUGUUCAAGGCUUUUAGUGGGUGAUGUAAAUAGGAGCUAUGGUGGCCUACAAAUUUCUAUAGUAGGAGUUGAAAUCUGUAUGUUUGUACUAGUUGGUCAAUACGUGCCUGAGGUAUUGUAAUUGCUGUAUUUUGUCCACCUUUUUUUAUCUAUCUAUCUACUUACUGUUAUUU